AUGACAAGGAAGGAUUGGUCCAUGAAGCUUGAUGAUGCUCUUUGGGCAUAUAGAACUGCAUUCAAGACCCCACUAGGAACAACUCCUUUUCACCUUGUCUAUGGAAAAGCUUGUCAUCUUCCUGUUGAGAUUGAGUAUAAGGCGGAAUGGGCUGUAAAGAAGCUGAACUAUGACAUCAAGACAGCAAAGGAGAGGCGAUUGAUUCAGCUGAAUGAGUUGGAUGAAAUUCGCCAUGAUGCCUAUGAGAACUCAAGGAUCUACAAGGAAAGAACAAAAGCAUAUCAUGACAAGAAGAUAGUCCCCAAGACGUUCUCUCCCAAUGACCAGGUUCUCCUUUUCAACUCACGCCUUAAACUGUUUCCAGGAAAGCUUAGGUCGCGAUGGUCUGGACCAUUUAAGAUCAAGGAAGUGAAACCAUAUGGUUCUGUUGUGCUAUGGAACCGAAAUGGUGGCGACUUCACUGUCAAUGGACAAAGACUUAAGCCAUAUCUUGCAGACGUUGAGAAGGAUGAGAGAGAAACCAUUCCCUUAGUUGAUGCCCUAACCGACUAA